AUGCCCGAGCUGGAGCAGCUCCGUGUGCCCAGGCCCCCUGCGGAUGCUGGCCGUAUUCAGAGGAACAUCCUUGAGGAGCAUGUCGAGCUGUGGUGGUUCAAGGACCCUAAGAAAUCCAUCUUGUGCUAUGGGGUGGCCGUGGUGCUAAUUCUGGCCUGCGGGACAGGGGGCAUCGUCCUCCUCUAUAGCACCAGCAGCCGAUCCGGGGAGUGGCGGCUGGCUGUGGGCACCACGCUCUGCCUCCUGGCCUUGCUGGUGCUGCUGAAGCAGCUGCUGAGCUCUGCUGUCCAGGACAUGAACUGCAUCCGGAGCCGGAACCAGAUUGAACUGCUGAAGAGUGGUGGCUUUUCAGACUGUGUGGUGCUGCUGCUCAGUGCCCUGGUGCUGCUGGUCUGUGGCGUGGUCCUCACUGUCCUCUCCACCACAACCAUGCAGCUCAGCGCCUCACGGCCUCUGGCCAGCAUGUUCACCAGUGGUGUCAUCCUCAUGACUGCUGGGGCUGCCAUGCUACUCUGCCUGCUGCUUUACAUGCUCAGCAUCUCCUGCUGCCCAGUUGCUCCCAGGAGCUUGGACACAGGUGACAUUAGCAUCUUCACCAUCUCCAGCCGGCUCUCUGGGAACCGCCGGCUCGCCACCACCUCCAGCAUGGCCAACCUGAUCUAA